AUGCGAGCGAUUCGUCCGCUCCUUUUCCGUAUCUUCUACAGCACUUCAUUCACCGUCGUCUUCCUUCUAGUCCUCACGCUCGUCGCCCUCACUCCCGCAGAUGCCGUCUAUCAAGCCCGGCAGCAGCGCCGGCAGUGGGAUAUUGGUGCUAUCGCGGGGACCUAUAUCUUGACUGCACUUCUUGCGAUCUUGAUAUACGCAUCCAGACUCUACACCAAUCGUAGUAUCGUACAGGGUAUUCCUAAGACCUACAUACCAAUUGAAAAAGAAGAUCUGCCUGGAAAGCUUACGAGGGAAGAGAUUGUGGAGGGACUGGAGAGAAGUGCUAUCAUCGCGUACAAAGCACGGCCACGAUUCGACAGAGUUGAGGAUGAUUCUCCAAUGGCAAACGCAAGGAUCUCUGCGAUCACUCGCUUGGAUACGAAGAAGAACGAGAUUCAGCAAAUAUGGGGACACAUUGCUCAUCCUGGGUGGUCGUCUCCUGCCUCUCCAGAUCUGCCAAAUCUCCACUAUGACACCGUUAUUGCAGAGCUACCCAAUUUGAUUGAAGCCAAGGCAGUAUCUCUUGCUCCCAUUGAACCCCAUUCAACGCCUCAUCCUGUGGAGAUACCACUGCCAGAUGAGCGCGUUGUCGAGAUAUUGCAGAGACCGCUCAACAUGGGCUUGAGAGAAUACAUAGCCUAUCUAGACUCCCUUGGACUAAUCAGCCCCCCUGAUCUCGGAGCAAGUUUCCUAACUUUCUACGAGCGCGCACGCUUCUCCACAAAGCCUCUGACCGAGUUCGAGUUCCGUUCCCUUAUGAGCAUCUUCGCCUCCAUCCUCCGAGGCAUGACCAAGCUGGACCGGGACCUUCUCGCAGAACUGCAAGAGCCGGACCAGAACGACACACCAACUUGGCAAACACCAGGACGAUGGUCCCCAAAAUCCGCAUCCACAUUCUCCGUCGACGGGACAGGCAGCAUCCGUCAUCAUCACCCGCACCCACCGCGUCGUGUAAGCGAAGACUCCGUCCCUUCGCUCCCAACCGAAGAUGAUGAAGACGAUUAUGACAAAGAGGACAACGACACUUUGUCCCUCCGUACAGCUCCGUUCUCCCAACCCCAUGCUGAUAACGGGUUAUCAAAGCAACCACCACGUACUCGCUUGGGCAUUACUUCACCAAACAUAGCAACCGCCCCCGCAAACCUGUCACUCCGCCAAACCCGCUCCAACACCUCUGCCGUAUCACGGUCCUCCAUGAGAUCAGCCGGCAGUGUAAUCAGAUUAGUCGAGGCCAGGACGGCGUUGGAUCUACCUUAUCGGAUUGAGAUACCCCAGGUUCUGGAUAGUUCACCAGAGCAAAGGUGA